AUGCUGCUGAAUUUGAACGAGUAGAUUUUACGGGAACAUGUGCGAAUCCGUCUGGAUGUUGAUAUACAAAGCUAAAUGAAUCAGUUAAAGCUUUGCAUUUUUUUUCAUGCGAGGGCAAAAAGUAAAAACUUCUUUGCUUCUACAUCUAUUGCGCGCGGCAUUGUGAAGCAUGUUUGCGUCACCAAAACACCGUGCUGAAAAGAGAUGCUAGAUAUGGUAGCUCAUGAUGAAACACCCUUAUGUGUAUGAUCUCCACCUCUUUCUAGGAAGACCCUUGUGUCUUCCCACACUUUCGAAUCAAGAAGCGCAUGGUGAUGGAGUCCCGCAAAGAUUGAUAGAUGAAGAUGCUCUACCGAUCACAGAUCAUGAGCGGGCUUUAGAACAGCAGAGCCUGCAUCGCAAUCAGUUUGGGAGUACAUCCCUUGUUCUGGUCUCGCCAUGCUGGAGAAGAAAUUCCUCUCUGAGCAGAGCACACUCAAAAAACACUAGAUUCUCAAUCACAGAAAAAUCAGAGCACAGCUGAAGCAGUUUUUUUUUCAAAGCGGUGGAAAGAAAAUGCUGAAAAAUAA